AUGACGGUUUAUUCCACUUGUCUUGCCUUUAGUGUCUACUUCGGAACAGUGGCAAAUCAGGAAAAUUUCGCGGACGCUGAAGAUGAAUGUAUGAGAAUUGGCGGACAUCUUCCUUCAAUUUCCAACGCCUUUGAAAACGCUGCAGUACAAAACGCAGUUCAGAAACUGCUUGGGACCAACUUUGGUGGCAAAAUAAUCAUUGGCUACUCCAACUUGAUGAAUAAAGGCUUCACAUGGAGUGACGGCAAUCCUUCAAAAUACACAAACUGGGCACCAGGAGAGCCUGUGACAGCCGUUGGUGGAGUCGCAUGGAUGGAUUUCCUUACCGGAUGGUGGAACACAGCAGCACCUUUAGCUACUAGUCAUUUCAUAUGUGCACUCCCUUCCCAUAGAAUAAACUGCUAA